UGGAGAUGCAGGUCGGGCCCUUUUUUAUGACGAGCGUUUGGAGCUCACAUGUUGUGGGGAGAUUUAGCAGCUGCGCUUCCCCGCCUUGCAUGCAUGGAAUGCAACGGCAAAAAGAGAUGGCCGUACGAUGGCGGCAACCCCGACACAUCAUUGGGAGGACGGACACACGAUAAAAUCGAGUCGCCGGCCAGGGCUUUGGUUUGGUGAUGGGCAUUGAACUGGCUUUACGUGCAGGUCCUGAUUUGCUUCCAUUGCUCCAGCCCAGUUGAGGACAGCCAGGCAGCCAGGCAGCCACAUCGAACCCCACCCAUUACCCCGCCAUCAAAAUCGCCAUGGGUGCCCCGUCCAUCGUCCACCUCCCCGACGGCCAGCACUUUACCGUCAAGCCCGUCUUUGCUGGCCUCUUCUUCAAGUCCCACGAGCUGAGCACCCAUCCUCACUCGUUCCCCAUCGGCUGGACCGUUGUGCUGCACACCCAGGACCCCAACGGCGUCGAGUCGCGUAGGCCCUCGGCCGACUCGACCGCCGACGAGGACGCGCCCCAGGGCGACCAGAAUGACCAGAAUGACCAGAAUGACCAGAACGACCAGAACGACCAGAGCGACGAGAAAGACCAUGGCUCCAACUCGCCCCGCAAGCAGAACGGCAUGCUGGCCGCCGCCGAGCACGGCCCGCGCGUACGCGCCUACACGCGUCCGACCCUCCACGAUGACUGCCUCUUCAUCAGCUCCAUUAGUAACCCGAGCAGCAGCGACUUCAAGCCGGCCGCCAGCCCGACGCGUCAAAUCGCCAUGAUGCUCUGGAUCACGCUGUACUGGUACUUCCACCAGCAGCCCGUCCCCGACUCCGUCCUGCCCGCCACCGACGCGUCGCUGCAGACCCCGCCGGCCGGCCGUCCGCGCGGCGAGUGGCGCAUAAACAUCCGCCGAGAUGGCGUCCUGCGCGCCCGCAACCUGCUUCCCAAGCUCGAGCGCAUGGGCCUCGUCGCCACCCUCGACUCGGCCGUUGGCAUCGCCCCGCACGACGCCCACCCCGCCGACGGGGCAUGGGACCGCAUCUUUGUGUCGCGCCGCGCCUUCUGGCAGAUCCCCGCCCGCCUCUUCCUCUUCACCCUGCAGCCCAGCCCGCGCCACACAGACUCGUACCCGGGCUCGCCCGCCUCCAGCCGCCCCGUGUCGCCCGCCCAGGGGAACCCGCUCGUCAUAGUCCCCGACACUGGCGGCCUCGACGACGACGCGCUGGUUAACAGCAGGAGGAGCCUCGACGCCGCCCUCGAAGCCGUGUCGACCGUCGCGUCCAUCAUGACCCAAAACUCGUUCCCAAUGGGCCCCUUUUACAGCUCAUCACACCUGCCAACGUACUACCCACCCGCGCCGCCCCAGUACACGAUAACAAACCACGUGAGGCACCCGGUGCGACCCAAGCCCCCUCGCUCGGGCGAGGUCUUUUACAGUCGCUUUGUGCCGUCGGCGGGAUCAUACCUUUCGUUCCGCGUCGCCUCGCUGUCGCCGCGGCCCGUCACAUACCAGGGCGCCGUUGGGCCUUCCCCGCCGCCGCAGGGUGCAGGCGCCCGCCACGGGCAACACCACAAAAACGGCGGCGUCCCCCGCAUCCGAGCGGCGGCCAUGGAGCACGCGCACCUGGGCCUGCUGUCGGACACGGAAUUGCUGAAGGCGUGGCUAUCCAAACCGCGCGUGGCCGCCUUUUGGGGCUCGUUCGUGCCCGACUUUCUGCUGCAAGCCCUGGCGCUCCGCCACUCGUUCCCCGUCGUGGCCAUGUGGGACGGUGUGCCGUUUGCCUACCUCGAGGUCUACUGGCUGAAGGAGGACCCCAUCGGCCGCCACCUGGGCGCCUUUGCUGGCGGCUCUGCGGCUGACUGGGAUCGCGGCGUGCACGUGCUCGUCGGCGAGGAGUGGGCCCGCGGCCUGGUGCCUCUGUGGCUGUCGAGCAUGGUGCACUGGGUGUUUACCGCCGACUACCGCACUAUGAGCGUGGUCGUCGAGCCGAGGAUUGACAAUGAGAGGUUUAUUCAGCAUCUCCAAGCCGGCGGAUUCGUCAAGGAGAUGGAGCUGUCACUGCCGCACAAGCAGGCAUGGUUUGGGCGACUGAGGAGGGAGAAUUGGGAAGGCCCGGCGCUGUGA